AUGGCCUUAAUAACUGGAUUUCCCGCACCUGCUUCUCAAUGCAAAAUACACACACCAUUUGCUUUCUCCUCCUAUUUCCAACUACAACUGCAACAGAAGCUUUUUGGUGAUAUGGACAACUUGACUAUAAGAGUGAGUUGCAGAACGGAACAUGAGCCAUUGCAUCCACCUAUAUCUCAAAAGAUACAUUGGCAACUUGACCUCUCUUUCAGGCAUUUUAACUACACUACUCCAUUAAUCGAAAGCAUUCGUGGCAAUGGUGCCUCAUCUGUUGUAAAGCCUAUGCCGGCAGCUUUUGUAGGAGCACCAAUGGAGAGCAGUAAAGCUUCUUUUAUAACAAAAAUGGUUCUACUUGAUGCUGCGAAGGCAGCAGUUGCCCCAUUUGAACGAGUGAAGCUCUUGAUGCAAAACCAGAACGAUAUAAUCAAGUCGGGUCGGCUGCCUAAACCAUAUAAUGGAAUAUUUCAUUGCUUUGCUACAACUAUCAGACAUGAAGGCAUCUUUUCACUUUGGAGAGGCUACCCUGUAAUGGCCAUUGGAGAUGUUUUCUCUAAGGUACUACGUUACAACAUCUUCGAAUAUGCCAAGACUCGUGAAGACAUCCGGUGGACUUCGAUGCGAGUGCUAGAGUUAAAUUGUGUUGCUUUUCUUGCAACUCAAUUGCUUGUUCAUCCAUUCUUAUAUGCCGGAACACGCAUGGCGACCGAUGUGAAGAUUACCGGUAACUCAGGGCAAAGACAGUUUAAUGGUAUAACCGAUGUCUAUAGGAAAACCCUGAAAUCAUAUGGCAUUGUUGGUCUGUACCGUGGAUUUAAUAUCACACUUGUUGAACUUGUUAUGUUGGGAGCACUAUCUAGAGGUUUAAGCCCUUGGAAACAGUAUUACUCCUACAUUUUGCAGAACGAUUAUUUGUCAAGGGUUAUGGUGGAAUUCGGGUUUGAUAUUUGUGGAAAAAUGGCUACUUACUCAAUGGAUACAGUGAGUAGAAGGAUGAUGAUGACCUGGGGAGGUGUUAAGUACAAGAGUACACUGCAUGCAAUUGCACAAAUUUGGAAAACUGAGGGUGUGAAGACAUUUUAUAAUGGUGCAGGGGCUGAAAUCCUCUUAUGUGCUGCUUAUACAGGUACUGUAAUGUUAGUGAUUUAUGUAGCUGAUGUUAUUAGAGCUGCAACGGAGAAGGGCAGCGAUGACGGCAGAUCUGCUCUCGGUUUUACCGCUAGAUGGAAGGAUCCUCGAGGUAAAUGA